AUGGUUGAAUUCAACUUCACUCGCACCCGCUCGGCCUCACUCGGUCUCACCUGCACACGCACGCUUGACGCCCACAGAGCCCCUCACUUCUUCCUUGUUCGGAUAAUAAGCAGCAUGACGGAACCUGACACUAGUCCUCGCCAUGACUCUGGCCCUCUCAGGGACGCUCUCCUCCCCUUUGCUAAUGGCAGCAUCUGCCAAAUCAAGAACCCCUACGAGGGCGGGCUAAAGUGCAAGGAGGCCGACGCCGCCGGCUCGUCCAUAGUCGUGCGCCACAAGAAGAACCACGGCGGCGGCGGCGGCGGCGACGGCGAGGGCGGGCCGCCGCUCCGGCUCCACUCACUCCAUCGUGGUGCAGAACGCGGCGCCGCUCAGGGGGACCCUCCUCCUGGACGAGGUGUUUUGAGGACUACUAGCACGACAACGACACCGCGCCGGACAGGAUCGCGCUCCGCGCGCGCCCCUUCCCGCGACCUCUUACUUUGCCCGGGACCGGCCUCGGCGCCGCCCAGCCCAGGUUCACCAAGGAGAAGCGACCAGCUAAGGGCCGACCGACAUCACCUCCUUCGACCCAUUCUGGGGGCCCUGUCCGAGCCAGGCGCCACCGUCGUGCGCGGCGGCGGCGGCGGCGGCGGCGUCCACCGCUACCCUCCGCAGUUCUUCCGCUUCGAAGUCGUGCAGGUGCGGCCGGCUCGAGUUCGAGGCCCAAGGUCUCGUGCGUUGGCCUGGGACGGCACCGAGUUCGGGGGCCGAGACCGAGUGGGUGUGUUCCUGGACCGGUUCGACGAGCACUCGCGCCAUCGCGAGCCUCGGGCUCUUCCCCCGAGGCACCUUCUACCCCGAGCUCCAGAAGGCCAGGGCGGGCACCGUCGGGCGGGCGCUCAAGUUCUGCUCCCUUGGGGGGCAUCCAUCAUGGAUCCUACCAGGGCCCCGUCAAUGGUGGAGGAAUCCAAACAGAAUAACCGGGGCGACCGCUCAGAGCUGAAAAGCCUUGGUCGUCUCUCCCGCAGGGCCCUGGACGCUGUGAAGGACGACGACAAGCACAUGGACAAACCAAGCCUAAGGCGACGCAAGCUUCUGAUCCGGGCGGCCGGCGCCGGACCCAACAAGGGCCAGCGAAGCAGGGAGGCCGACAAGAGUUACUCUGCCAGAGGGCGCUCGAGUACUACAAGGGUAUCCUCAUCAUGGCCACCAUCCGCCCCGACGCCAUCGACCCGGCCUUGGAGCUGCACUAUCCGGCGCUAGGGCCCGAGGCGCGCCUGGCCGUGUGGGGAGGAUAAU